GCACUGCACUGCACUGCACUAAUGAAUACACUGUUAUUAUUACCGCCGCACCGAAGAUUGAUUCAAACCUCAUCGGAAUCCGAUCGGAAAAAACAAACUCAGGCAAAUCAAAUAAUUACUACAAACCCUAGCCACAAAUCACAAUCCACUUUCUGCAACAUUAUUGCUCUUCGAAUCUCCGAACAAUAAUUUUAUUAUAAUUUAUAGAGAUGAUUUCAAAUGCUAUGAGUUGAUGAUGAUAAAUUGAGCAAGGUGUGAGAGUGAAUGGCAACAACUAGUGCAGUUUUAUUUCUUACGUGCGGGGAACAAUAUUUGUUGCCGACGCCAAUGGCGACGCAUGUCGCUUUUCUCAGAUAUAUAAAUCGCACUAUUCAGUCAAUAAAUCAACGUUUUGCUCACAUUUUCUGCUCCCAAGACGACGACAUCAAAAAUGUCAGGAUUAUGCGUGAAGACGAUGUUGGGAGAAAGUGCCAGCUAGAUGCUCAAGAUUGUUCGUUGAAUGACAAGAGUUUUGGUGGUGAUAAGAAGGGCCAACAUGCUGUUUUCAAUGUGUUGGAUACUAUGCUAAAGUCUAGUCUAGAGCGUCUGAAGAUUAUGAGGGAAAAUAUAUCUAUGGUAAAGAUAGGUCUUCAUGGAUAUGCAUGUGAAUAUAACAAUGCUGAAAAUGAAGCCACCAUUAGGUUUUUGUGCUUGGAAGGUAAAUUGGUAGCUGCACUUUGGCUUCGGAGGAGAAUGGUGCAAAAAGGUAUUCUUCCUGAUGUGUAUACCCACAACCAUAUUGUAAAUCGGCUGUGCAAAACCGGUUUUAUGGAGAAGGCAGAUUGUCUCUUUAGACACAUGUUAGAAUCUGGUCCUCGUCCCAACUGUGCCACUUACAACACUUUAAUUAAGGGCUAUUGUGCUCUUAAUAGUAUUGAAAAAGCUUUGGAUCUGUUCUCAACCAUGUCCAAUGCUGGUAUUCAGCCAAAUAGGGUUACUUAUAACAUACUCGUCCAUGCAUUGUUGUGUGAGAAAGGUCAUCUAAAGAAAGCUAGAAAGAUGCGUGAAGACAUACUAAAUGAUGAUAAUGAUGAAGAUAAACCUGAUUUAGUUUCCUCAACUAUAUUUAUGGAUGAUUAUUUUAAGAAUGGGGAAAGCAAUCGGGCUCUUGGUCUUUGGAAUGAGUUGAUUCAAAAGUGCGCAAGAGUAGAUGUUGUUUCUUAUAAUGUUCUUAUCAAUGGAUUUUGCCUCAAUAAACAGAUGAAUCUUGCAUAUGGAUAUGCGUGUGAGAUGCUUAAGAAAGGUCUAAUUCCUGAUGUUUUUACUUAUAAUAUUCUUAUUGGUGCUCUUUGCAAGGAGGGAAGAAUUAUUGAAGCUUCCUAUAUUCUUGGAGUUAUGUCUAAAAUGGGAAUUAUGCCUGAUCAAAUUUCAUACAGGAUGAUGAUUAAAGGCCUUCGUUUGAAUGGAGAUGUUGUGCAAGCAAAAGACUUGCUUUUGCGUAUGUUGAAUAAUUUUAUGGUGCAGAAGCCUCCGAAGCGUAUAGUAUGGAACCUAAUAAUUGAUUUUUAUGGAAGAUGUGAAGAUCUUAGAAAUGCUCUUUUUACAAGAAAUCUGAUGUUGGCUUUUGGCGUUCUCCCUAAUGUAUUUACUUAUAAUGCUUUAAUUCUUGCACAAUUGAAGAGUGGAAAUAUCCACAAUGCUCUCUGUCUAAAGGAAGAGAUGCCUGCAAAAGGUCUUCAUCCUGAUGUGGUUACUUAUAAUUUGUUGAUAGGCGGUGCUUACGAUUUUGGACGUCCCGAAUUAGCACGUCAACUAUAUGAUGAGAUGCUGCAUAGGGGUUGUGAACCAGAUUUAAAAACUUUCACUGAAUUUAUCAAGGAUUAUUGUAUUAGAGGUCACGUGGAAGACGCAGAAGGGCUUUAUGCUAGGAUACUGAAAGCUGGUAUAGUGAAUGAUCAUGUUCCAGUUCAAAUUCUUUUUAAUAAGUACUGCAAAUUAAGGGAACCAGUCAAGGCAUUUCUCUUUUAUCAAGACUGGUUGGCAAGUAAACAGGAUAGUAAUUGUUCAUGAAACCCCUAUUAUGCCUAUGACUUUAGACAUCACUGAGUUCCAAGUUCUGGGAAAGAAAGCCAUGUUUCCCCGAAAGUCACUAUUUUUCUAAAAUUCCGACCUUUCAUUCAAAUGCCGGUCGUUCUCAGGUUGUGGCACAUAUGACUAAUGAACUCUCCAGUGACUUGCGCAUCUUUUAAUGGCAUGCAGCAUCUUUUCAGAAGAUGCUAUCCGCGGAUAAAAGUAAAAGUGUAAAACCAGUUCAAAGCUUGUUGCUUUUCCGCUCAGAAAAAGAAUUUUUUGUGCAAAAGAGCAGGAAAAUACAACUUGGGGGAGGCUACGAUCCUUCCCAAUCAGAUACGACAAGAAACUUGAAAUGUUCAAAAUGCGGAUAGGCUGGCAUCUCUGCAUAUCACAAAGCAGUGGGGGUAUCUUCAUUGAGACAGCCAUGAGCAAGACAGCAGAGAUACCCCCUUAAACACAAUCCUAUUCAAUUUCAAUAACAUGUUUUGUGGGGAAAAAGGUUUGUUUAUUCCUUAAUAAAGAGGAAUUCUACUUUUAUUGCUGUCAACACGAGGAGUUUAUUAACCACGUUACCAAAUAUAAGGAGCAAUUGGAAGAAAUGAUGAUUCACUACAUGAAGGUAAUGUAAGAAAUGUCAGUAAAUUGCCAUGUACACUGCCAGGCACCUGCACAAAUUGGUCAACUUUACCUAACAAAAAGCCGUGGCAAGGAAAAAGCUAUUUGUUAAGAAGAGGUAUUUGCAUGAAUGAUGCACAAAAACUCAUGGUGUUUUUUAACUGCAUUAUAAUUACCCACUCUUUGUAUUCCAAUAAAAACUGAGUUUUAAUUUGUCAACAUUUUCAUUUCUGUAUAGAUCUUCUCAUACUGGUUCAAUAUGUUGAACUACUCAUCCUGCAAAUUUGCAUGGUUGUUCUAAUUGUUAUUUUUUUGUUUUGUUUGCACAUAUUUGUAAUCUGCAUAUAUGAUGAAUACAUAUAAUACAAUACAAUUUAGUGUUUUGUUCUCUUA